AUCUACCUCUGAGUCUGACUUGACAACAUUUGAACCACCCCCCCCCCCUCCCCUCCUCCUCCCGGAGCAGUCUGUCUCUCCGGACUUGUGUCACGCUAGCUGGAGAAAGAAAGCGCGUUCCCGGCCGCCUGCGCGCGACUGCAGGUUGCACGAGCCCGGAGGGGGCUUCGCUCAGCGAAGCCAAUCAGCGGCCGAGCUUGGUGCUUGCGGUGCACCGCGCGCCACUGAUAGCAGGGGGCGUGCAACAGGUGGCCCGAGAGGCUUCAGCUUGGCGCGGUUCGGCUGCGUGGGUCCAGGCGCGCGGCUGGGCUCCGGACCGGGAGCAGGCGCUCGCUCACGUGACUGCGGCUCGGACAGCGACUGUGGGCGCUCGCUCCCGCGCUCAGCCCCGCACCCGCCUCCCUCCUCCCCAUCCCAUCGCCCACUGAGGAUGGCGGGCUGUGGACUAAACGAAGACCUCUUCUUCUCCUCCUUUCUCUUCAGCUACAUCAAGGAGAGCCCGUUCACUCAGCAGUGUGCUGCCUUAGUUGGUGAAGAUCAGCCUCUUUGUUCAGAUCUCCCUGAACUAGAUCUUUCUGAGCUCGAUGUGAAUGACUUGGACACAGAAAACUUUCUGGGUGGACUCAAGUGGUACAGUGACCAAUCAGAAAUUAUUUCCAAUCAGUAUGGCUCUGAAUCAUCUGAUCUCUUUGAGAAAAUGGAUGAGGAAAAUGAGGCCAACUUGUUGGCUGCUCUAACAGAGACACUAGACAGCAUCCCAAUAGAUGAAGAUGGACUGCCAUCAUUUGAUGCACUGACAGAUGGGGAUGUGACCAGUGUCAAUGCUCCUAGCCCUCCUUCAACGCCUGACGGCACCCCUCCAACUCUGGAGGCUGAAGAGCCGUCUCUAUUGAAGAAGCUCUUGCUGGCUCCAGCUAAUUCCCAGUUUAUCUACAAUGAAUGCAAUGGAGGCAGCUCACACAUUCAUGCGACCAGUAAUAACAGGAUUAUAUCAAGCCCUGCUGUUGUCAAGGUGGAGCAAACUUCAAGUCUAAAGGCAAUGAGAAAUGUUUGCCAUCAGCAGAAAUCACAGGCCCAGCGUCGCCGAUGCACAGAACUGCUCAAAUAUUUGACUGCUAAUGAUAGCCCUCCUCAGUCUCGAAUAAAUGAGCACAAAAUUAGUAGUAAAGACAAAAGCAUCUCUAAAAAGAAGACACAUUUGCAAUCCCAGCAAUCAUAUAACCUGCAAGCAAGACCAACAACUCUUUCUCUGCCCUUGACACCAGAAUCAUCAACUGAUCCAAAAGGUUCCCCAUUUGAAACCAAGACCAUUGAACGUACGAUGAGUGUGCAACUUUCUGGUACUGCUGGUCUGACACCACCAACCACUCCUCCACAUAAAACUAAUCAAGAUAAUCCGUUUAAGACUGCAGUCAAACAUAGGUCAUCUUGCAGUUCUUCAGUGCGUAGUCCACCACCAAAGAAAUUACGGUUAAGUGAUUCUGCCUCAAGCUCUCAAAUAAGCAGUCCCAUAAAAAAGGGCCCUGAACAAACUGAACUCUAUGCCCAACUCAGUAAAAGUUCAGAGUUACCCAGUGUACUUAGCAUUACCCAAAGUGAAGAGAGGAAGAUAAAAUGGACAAAUACAAGACUCUUCGGUGACCAUGAUUACUGUCAAUUCAUGAAUGCAAAGGCAGAAUCAUUAACUACAAUGGCAUUGUGCAAAACAAGAGAACCCAAAGACAUUAAACUCCAGAAUCACCCUUCUAGAGAGCCCUUACCCAGAGAACAUAAGACAAAUAUACUUCCUGUUAAAGAAGAUCAAGUAUAUAAGAAGGAAAGCCAGCAACAAGAAGCACAGUCUAUUAACUACUCUGUUCCCAGAUUACAAUUGAAAGACCAAGAAAUCAGGGCUGAACUAAACAAGCACUUUGGUCAUCCAUGUCAAGCCUUUUUUGAUGAAAUAGAAGAUGAGGCAAGUUAUCAGCAGGAAAAAGACUUUUGCCAUGGAUAUUACUCAAAACUGCCAACUUAUCUCAGUGCUGGAAUGUCUCUGGAUGGUGUGUUUGAUGACAGUGAUGAAGAGACUGAAAAGUUCCUCUAUCCAUGGGAUGGAACACCUGAUGGGUUAUUACUAGAAAGAUCUUGCUCGCGUUCUCUGUCCAGUUCCCCAUGCAGUGAUUCCAUCUACUCACCAAAGACUUAUGCACCUUCUCAAAGAAUAGUCAGGGCAAGGUCAAGAUCUAGUUCCUAUCCCAGACGUAGACAUUAUUCUUGCUCCCCAUAUUCUCAUUCCAGAUCAAGAUCUCCAUACAACAGAUCCUCAUCUAGAUCACAGCACCACUAUGAUUCAGGGCGCAGUAGGGUACAACACAGGUCUCGUGGAAGUCCUUGCUGCUCACACUCAAGGUCAUGCUCCAGGUCACCCUUCAAUCGUUAUAGUAGACCCAGGUAUGACAGCUAUGAGGAAUAUGAAAAUGAGAGGCUGAAGAGGGAGGAAUAUCGAAAGGACUAUGAGAAACGUGAAUUUGAAAGGGCUAAGCAAAGGGAACGUCAAAGGCAAAAGGCAAUUGAGGAACGCCGUGUUAUUUACGUGGCAAAAGUCAGGGGUGACAUAACACGUACAGAACUAAAAAGACGUUUUGAGGUUUUUGGUGAAAUCGAAGAGUGUACUGUGCAUUUGUGUGAAGAUGGUGACAACUAUGGUUUCAUCACAUAUCGUUACACUUGUGAUGCAUUUGCUGCCCUUGAGAAUGGACACACUUUGCGAAGGUCUAAUGAGCCUCCGUUUGAAUUGUGCUUUGGAGGUUGUAGACAGCUUUACAAGUCUAACUAUGCAGAUCUGGAUUCCAAUUCAGAUGACUUUGACCCUGCUUCAACCAAAAGCAAGUACGACUCAAUGGAUUUUGACAGCUUGCUGAAAGAGGCCCAGCGAAGCUUGCGUAGGUAACAGACACCAAAUGUGCUGAACAUGGAGGAAGCCACUGUACCUUGCAGGCAUCCUGUCAUUUACCAUUAAAGAACUUGCAUUGGUCAUCCUGGGAUCUAAUCCCUCUUUACACUCUGUACAAAUGAAGUUUACAUGAACACAGCUGCUGCAGUGUAUGAGGCAAGUUGAAGAACAUUCAACUUAAAGCAAAAAGGAAACCAAAAGCAGGAGUACAAAUAGUAAGCUAGUGAUAUUUUACAUGUGCUAUAUAAAUGAUAAUCAGAAUGGUGAAAUAUGCAGCUUGUUCAGCAAUUUUUCUGACAUUUGGAUGUGGUAUUACAUUAUUGACGAGAGCUGGGAAUAAAUACUUGGGGUAUUUCAAAUAUUUUAUUUACUAAAUGCUAAAAUGUAGUUACAGAUUUACUAAUGUUAAACUGAGAUAUUUUUAUUUUAUGUAAAUAUGACAAUGUUGUUUUUUGUUACAGCUAUGCACUGUACAUGCAGCCUUCUUUGAAACAAUUAAAACAAGAAUGUAACCAUAAGUUAAACACUAGUGUACACUAAUAUAUUUAGGAAAUUGGAGAGGUAUAAAGCUGAGAUGGGUAAGGUUGUCUGUGUGUCACAUGGACCAAUGCUCAUUUACCACAACGUAGCUUUACAGUGACCUUGCAACUGAUCAAUUUAGAAAAUGAAUCAGGUCACCACUUCCAUUGCUAUGACUAAUCAUUAAAGUUGCUUUCAUUGUUUUGCCUUUUAUAAUAACUUAGAUGCAAGUUAAUAAAUCAGAAGAAAAAAAUGAAAAAAACUCACACGUGCUUCUGAUUUCAUUACAGACCAUUACACAUUGCUUAAAUAUGAUGAUUAUCACUCAAAUUCCAUGUAUUUCAGAGGAGGUUUUAGGGGCAGGUAUGUUGGUAAAUUACAGAUUAGUUUAACUUAAUGAUUUUUUUUUGGAAAAAAUGAGGGACUACGUAUUUGUCUUUGGUGCUAGCAGUGGAUGUCUGCUGCACUAUUGACAACCACUGUGUGCACAUCUGUAUAUUUGUAGAACUGACUACUAGGGCAGGAGGACAACAUUAAGUGCCAGCAGUCAAAGGUGAAUUCCUACCCCAGGAUUUCCAAGAUAACUCUGCACCUGCUCCUCACUCCAUCAUCUCCACUAGCAGCUAUAGAGUAUUCACCUAAGCUCUUUUUGCUUACAGUUCUAGCAGGUGAUAUCUUUAUUUAUUUGUCCAUUUUGUCUUUGUAUUGAGUGAUCCUAAUGUCUGCCAUUGGAAAAUUGUCUUCAUAUAUUUGGUAAACUGAGUUGUCAACUUUGUAAGUAUAUAAAAAUAGCAAUAUAAAGGUUUUGUCCUAAACAUUCAUUCACCGUAGUACCACUGGUCUUUUAUCUCUGCUCGCACUCUUAUUAGAAAUAGUUUCAGGUCUUUUAACUCAUUUUAUCAUAUGAUGCCAAACUGAGGUUUACAUUUUCUUCCCUGUAUUUUGAAUAUUCUCUUCUUUAUUGUAAUAGUAAGAUUGUAAAAAAUAAAUACAAAAAUAGCAAUAAAUGUUUAUUUUUAAAGAUCUAAUUUUAGCAUAUCAUGUUGUGAGGUGGAGGACCAGGCACGUUACCCAGCUUCUUUAGGUGCUUAAUGUGUGUUUCAAGAAAUGUUAGACUUCUAACUUAUAACAACUACAGUAUUUCAUAGUUUUGUGUGUAACAAUCGCUAACUUAAACAAAAUAAGUGAAAUUGUGUGUUCGUAGCUAAUGUUAGUUCUCAACUAUCCUUUAUAACUUGGGUAAUGAUGUUUUGUCCUAUCUGGCAAACUUGAUGAGGAUUUUAAUUGUAAAAUAAAUUUUGCUCUGUACAAUAACUAGAAUAGCAAUGUAUUAUAUCACUUGAUUAUUCUUAAUUUUAAUUAAAGUAAUUUCUGAGGACACUGUGCUGUUAGGUGUGUGGGUGAAAAUAUAUUAGUUGAUGGAACUGUACUGAACAGGAAAUAUGAAGGAAUAUCCAUGCGAGUUUCCUUUUGACUGACAUUUCUAACUGUAAUGUGUGGUUGAACAAUUGUAUAGAAUUACUGUGAUUUUUUUUUAAAUGUGCAGUUUUCAUCAACCUUACUUAACUAAUAAAGAGAAACAAUGUUUCAAACACUG